AUGGGGAAACCCAAGGGACGGGCAAGGAAGAAGUUCGGCAAGCGCGGACCCGAUGGCCGGGCGGUUUCCAAGAAACCGAAGCUGGCGCUGCAACAUGAACUUCCACCCGGCUCUGGUGAUGCGCUCUCCGACGGCGACGAUGGCGUGGAGUUGAUGGAUGUGGAUGCGGAGGAAAAGAAGGCGGCUGCAGACGAGGACGUCAACGACGAGGACUGGUGCGAAGAGGAUCCCAGCGGCGCACACAGCAGUGGUGGAGCGGGGUUGGCACGAACCAUGGGAGCGUGGAUGCAGAGGGCGCGGCGGGAGAAGGAGCAGAAGGAAGAGGAGGAGAGCUCCUCUGUCGGUGGGGAGGUUGGUCCAGUAGAGAACCCAGCGGUGGAUUUGGAGGUUGCGCCGCACGCCGGUUCUCCGGGCGGCGGCAGCAUUUGUGCCGACAGCGGAGAUUUGGAGGCCAGCAGUAGCUGUAGCAGCGUCGGCGACAUGUCGAUAGCUUCGGGUCAUGGGCUUUUGAUCGAGGAGUUUUGCAGUGGUCAAGAGAUGAGGGACGCCGAGGAAGUGCUGGAGGACAACUGCGAUACCUCAUCGGACGGUUUUCUUGACGGUUUGGAUUUCAGCAGCAGCAGCAGCUGGAGCAGCAGGAGCAGCGAUGGCUGCAGCUCUAUCGAGAGGGGUGGAUGCCCCACACCUCUUGACAAAGAGGCAGUAGACGUUCGGCAGGGGGCGGGGGAGAACGGUGAGGGAGGGGGAACAAGACUGAUGCCGGGGGAGGUCUGCGAGAAAUCAAAUCUCGUUGCGGCACAGUACAGCAUGAACAAAAACUAUCGCGUCGCCAAGCGGAAGGCGCCGGCGUCGGAGCGGAAGACAUGGACGAAAACGCAGCUGGAUCGGGCGAGGGGCCGAGCGCGCAAGCACUGGACGAGGCGAAAGGCGGAGCUGAUGCAAACGUACCGCGAUGCCUACGACAAGCUCCAGAAGGCUGAACACAGUCGCAGCUACGAUUCAGUGGUGGCGGACCCGAAGACGAUGCUGGACAGAUCACAGUUGGUUCACACCACCAAAGUCAUCCACGCAGUGAAGCACUUCGUACACCUCGAAAUCCAAGAAGGUGUGGCGAAAAAGGACCACAGUAGAGCCGCAGUCGAAGUCGCCAAGGUCCAAUCGAAGACAGUGCGGCGGUGGGUGAAGGAAUUUCGCGAGGGCGGCGCCUUCGUUGUCCCCAAACGGCAGUACAACAAGCGGGAGCCGCACUCCUUUAUCGAAGACGAGGACAAGCGCAACCACUCGAGGCAUCACAAGAGCGUGUACGUCGACGGCCACGACAGACCGGACAUCGUCAACGACCGCCGGGGAUUUGUGGCGUACCUACUGGGCCGGCGCAAGGAAAUGUCCAUGGAAGUCGACGGCAAGAACGACUACAAGCACGUGCGUGUCUACAGUGAUGGCGAGACGUCGCAGCGCGUGUCAGGCGACUGCACGCGUGUCGCGUUCGACCCCCGCGACCUGGCGGCGUCCGACUCCAAGGGCGACUACCGCCUGCUCCCUGAUGAAGACGUGGAGGCGUACUACCGACCGAAGAAGGUGAAACGCGAGGAGCUUUUCUGGCCAGCAGUGCGGACGGUCGACGGCAAGGAGGAGUACAAGCACGUGCGUGUCCACAACCCCACGCACGCUCGCGGGAGGGAUUGCGUGCGUGUUCGACGGCUCCAGCAGUGUCCGUGCGAAACGAGAAAGGACAAGGGAAGAUGUUCGCACUUCAUGGCGUGUGAGUGCGAUGACUGCAAGCGCAAGCCUGCCGUCGACUCCGCGCAGGUGGCAUUCGACAAGCGCGACCUCACCGCCACCGACGGCAAGGGUGACCACCGCCUGCUGCCUGAUCACCAGGUGCUGUCGCUUUACUUCCACGACGAAACCACUGCGAAGGAAAACGACGAUGUGGACCACCAAUGGGUGUCGACGAAGAAAGGGGCCCCCAUGAAAGUCAAGGGGGAGGGCCGCGCCGCACACAUCUCGGACGUGAUCGGCAUCGACCUUGGCCAGCUGCAGAUCAGCAAGGAGGCGUGGGGCAUGUUGCAGGAGGACAAGGAUGCCGACACGGGGCGCUGCGGAAAGUACUUCGGCAGGAAGGAGGGCGAGGGGGUACACGGUCACGAGGUGAAGGAGGUUCAAGGCGCGGUGGAAGUGUUGAAGACGGCUGAUGCAGAUUGCGCGGUGUUGAAGACAGCGAACGACCCUUGGACGGCAGCUGUCAUCGUCGGGCAGCAGCACGACGGCUACUGGACGAGCGAUCGCAUGUGCGCCCAACUGCCGGCGAUCAUCGCCAUGGUCGAGCUGACGAGUGGCCCGCACCGGCCGGGUGUCUUCAUCUUCGACAACUCCACCGGCACGACGCUUACGGCGAAGACGCGUUGUUGGCCCACAAGAUCAACAUGGCGCCGGGUGGCGAGAAGGCAGCGUUGA